GGACCACGAAGAGCCAAGAUGGCCGCCCCCAUGGCAGAAGCCGGGGAGUUUCAAAGUUGGCUAAAUGAGCGGCUAGACGCGUUGGAAGUGGACCGCGAGGUGUACGGAGCCUACAUUUUGGGCGUGCUGCAGGAAGAGGAGAGUGACGAGGAGAAAAGAGAGGCGCUUCAGGGAAUUUUAUCGGCCUUUUUGGAUGAAGAAGACACGCUGGAAGAUGUCUGCCAGCAGAUCAUCAAGCACUGGACGGAGUACUGCAACCGCCCGGCAAACAAGCGGGACGCUGGAGACGUUGAGGUCCAAGCCAUCGCCAGUAUGAUCGAAAGGCAGGCACAGAUUGUGGUCAAGCAGAAAGAAGUGUCGGAGGAGUCCAAGAAACGCAAGGAGGCCCUUCUAGCGCAGUAUGCCAAUGUUACGGACGAAGAGGAUGAAUGUGAAGAGGAGGAGUCAGCAAAUGGAAACAUCAUGCCUGGACAGGACAAGUCCAUGUUCAAGAACACCAACGUGGAGGAAGUCCUGAACAGGCAAAAGCAAAAGCGGGACCAGGCCCGCGAAGAUGCCCAGAAGAAGAAGGAAAUUGACAAAAUGCAGCGGGAGAAGGACAAACUGGCCAAACAAGAGAGGAAGGAGAAGGAGAAGAAGCGCACACAAAAGGGAGAACGCAAAAGAUAAAGGCAAGAGAAAGGACAUUGUAUGACACAGGAAAAGGGUUGGCCACACUACUCUUUGCGGUGGGUGGGGGGGACAUUUUGGUCAUUGUGUUAACGUGUGCGAGCACUGAAACAAAGUCAUUCAACUGUUGUUGAGCUCAUUCGACAUUGUGUUAUCAAAACUUUAAGUCCAGUCAUGUGCUAGCUUAAAAAGAAUUGACCGAGACUAAGAACAAAACACUUUGUUGGUUUGAAAUUGUCUUUUUGAAGUAAUAAACUUUUGGAUUGAU